AUGGAGCACCAUAGCAAAGUUAGAAAAUUUUCUCACUCAGUCGAACAUAAUAUCGGUUCUCUUCUUCAAGGUGAUGUCAGUAUGGGCGAUAUGAUUCGUAUUUGGUUAGACCCGUGGUUAUCCGAUGUCCCCUUGCGUGUUUUGUUCCUUAAUCUUAUUCUUCUAGAAAAUCAUAAAGGUUGCCUUACCAGUGAGAUGUUUGAAGUUUCGGAUAUUGGUGUUGUGUGGAAAUGGGAAUGGAAGCACUCAGCUUGGAGCGGAACCGAAGAGGCUGAUUUACUCAAUCUUUAUCAGAUGCUUGAUACUUUUCAGCCCUCAGAAUGGAAUAAAAGAAUCCUCAAGAAGGUCAAUAUUUUCGCUUGGCAGGCUAGUCUCAACAGAUUGCCUACUUUAUCCGAUCUCACGAGAAGAAAUGUUCCAGUCGACUCCACUCUCUCUAAGUUCUGUUCCGAGGAUGAAGAAACGGGGGCCCACCUUCUUAUUUCCUGCAGAUCGGCUGGUCAGAUUUGGCAAAACAUAUCCUCAUGGUGCAUGAUUGCGCAAAUUUACGCUUUCACUGUGACGGACCUCUUAUCAGCUCAUGAUUAUUAUAGACUGGGUCGGCGGAAAAAAGAAAUUCUAUAUGGGAUUAUUCUCACGGCUUGUUGGUGCAUCUAG